AUGGGGAGCUUGCGAGGCGGCGGCGGCGGUGCAGAGGGGAAGAGCGAGGACGGAGGGAAGGUCGGGCUACCGGCUCUGGAAGUCUCGCUCGCGUUCCCGCAGGCCACGCCGGCGUCCCUGUUCCCUCCUGCCGUGUCGGACUACUACCAGUUUGAUGAUUUACUCACCGAUGAAGAGAAGGCGCUUAGGAAGAAAGUCCGCGCUAUUUCAGAGAAAGAAAUCGCACCCAUUAUGACCGAAUACUGGGAGAAGGCAGAAUUCCCAUUUCAUGCCAUUCCCAAACUUGCAACUCUUGGACUAGCCGGAAGUACAACUAAGGGAUAUGGAUGCCCAGGACUCUCAGUUACAGCUAGUGCUAUUUCUAUAGCAGAAGUAGCACGAGUUGAUGCAAGUUGCUCCACAUUUAUUCUAGUGCACUCCUCUUUGGCAAUGUCCACAAUUGCCCUUUGUGGAUCAGAGGCUCAAAAGCAGAAGUACUUGCCAUCGUUAGCUCAACUUAAAACUGUUGGUUGCUGGGCUUUAACAGAGCCAGAUUACGGUAGUGAUGCUAGCGCCUUGAAAACUUCAGCAACCAAGGUACCUGGCGGUUGGCAAUUAGAUGGCCAAAAACGCUGGAUAGGUAACAGCACGUUUGCAGAUGUGCUUGUAAUUUUAGCUAGGAAUGCAGACACAAAGCAACUAAAUGGAUUCAUUGUGAAGAAGGGAGCUCCUGGUUUGAAGGCCACAAAAAUUCAAAACAAAAUUGGACUCAGAAUGGUUCAGAAUGGCGAUAUUCUUCUGAAUAAAGUAUUUGUCCCAGAAGAAGACAGAUUAACAGGCAUCAAUUCAUUUCAGGAUAUAAGCAAGGUCCUCGCAAUGUCACGUAUUAUGGUGGCAUGGCAGCCAAUUGGCAUAUCGAUGGGCGUCUACGACAUGUGCCAUCGGUAUUUGCAAGAAAGGAAGCAGUUUGGCGCUCCACUGGCAGCCUUUCAGCUCAAUCAAGAAAAGCUUGUUCGGAUGCUCGGUAACAUCCAAGCAAUGGUUCUUGUCGGCUGGCGCCUGUGCAAGCUCUAUGAGUCUGGCAAAAUGACACCAGGCCAUGCUAGUCUAGGCAAGGCAUGGAUAUCCAGCAAGUCAAGGGAGGUAGUUUCUCUAGGUCGGGAGCUAUUGGGUGGCAAUGGUAUCUUGGCUGAUUUUCUGGUAGCAAAGGCAUUCUGUGAUCUGGAACCAAUUUUCACGUACGAGGGUACCUACGACAUCAACGUCCUGGUGACUGGACGAGAAAUCACCGGGAUCGCGAGCUUCAAGCCCGCUGCGCUAGCGAAAGCUCGGCUGUAAUAAUCCUUCUUCCAGCUACGAUGAGCAGCAAAUAUAUGACCCAUGUUGUGUUCUGGUGGGUAUGAGUAAGAUCUGAAUAAGUGCUACAUAAAUAUCAUGCCAAAUUGCAAGGUGAAUGAUAUAGCAUGUUGGGUGGGAUAAGAUAGGAGCUGGAUUUGUAUGUACUGGGUACAGCACAAGGAGUCACCUCUCACCACCAGACGACCAGUGGUUGUGUUGCAUCGUAUCAGCUUAUAAAUAAUGGACUGGGAAAAUUUAGUAUAAUUUUCCUUUGUCGACUUCCCUAUGAGGUGCCUGCUGAUUAUGUGCCAUUUUAGUUGACAAAAUGUUC